UUUAUGGCUUCUCUCUAGGAGAGAUUGUCUCAUCAUGUCAUGCUGAUCUCUUGAUCAUUCAUUCAUUUGAUGACUGAUCCGGCCAACGAUCUGAGUACAGCUUGAGUCUUGUGCCUAUGGUUCAUGUACAAGUCGCACAAAUAUAUGCUUCCUGUGAGUUUAAUGCAGCUCGUAUGCCGCAUUGCACAGAAAUAUUGAGCACUAACAGAAUCUCAUUUGUCAGUCAUCACUAUCUCAACCUAUCAAAGUUAGUCUUGCUUAGUGUAUUUGAGCUGGAGAUCGAACCCAUGGAUUUUCUUUUUGGAGGACCUUGUUUUCGGUGCCGACUUGCUUGUCGCACGAAUGGACGAGUGAACGAGCUCCAGCCAUGGCGAUGCUCGGCUUUUUCUAAAAAUGGAUCAGGCCAAGGGGAUCGGAUGAACACGACGCACUGAUGAUUAACUGAGACCCAGGAGAAUCGGGGGCAAUCAGCUUAAGUUACCUGCCAACCAGACAUCCUUAACCAUCGAUCAUCUUUCAGGCUCUCCAAUUCUUGCUCCUCUCCGGCGCAUUCGCUGUCCAAACUGACACCACCGCUGCGGCGGCGAGGGGUCCGAUCGACGAGCGACAAACGCUUCUGGCCCUUGGCAGUACGUAUUUGUACGGCGGUGAUCUUCUCGGGGUCCGGGAGGGGAGCUUGGCAGGCGGGCAAGAUGAGCAUGAUCGACGUGCUCACACGGCUGGACGCCAUCUGCAAGAAGUACGACCGGUACGACGCCGACAAGCACCGGAACGACGGCGACCCCUUCUCGCGCCUCUACGCUACCGUGGACGCCGAGAUCGACGCGGCCAUCGAGAAAUCGGCGAGGGCCGCGAACGAGAAGAACCGGGCGGCCUCGGUGACCCUGAACGCCGACGUGCGGCGGACCAAGGCGCGGCUCCUGGAGGAGGUGGUCAAGCUCCAGAAGAUAGCCGCCAAGAAGGUGAAAGGGCUCUCGCCGGAGGAGAAGGCGCUGCGGGCUGAUCUGGUGGCCGCGCUGCCCCACAGGAUCCACCAGGCCAUCCCCGACCCCGAUAGCCACGACGGCGGCGCCACACACCAGGGCGCCGGCUGGAAUGCUCGGCCAGGGAUCAAGUUGGACGAUUAUUCAGCUGAAAGAUUAGAAGAGGGGUACUUCCACGCAACUGAGGAGUCGGAGCAGUUCAGGCGAGAGUACGAGAUGCGGCGAAUCAAGCAGGAUGAAGGGCUGGACUUCAUCUCUCAAGGUCUAGAAACGCUCAAGAAUCUGGCCGAGGACAUGAACGAGGAACUGGAUAGGCAAGUCCCUCUCAUGGAUGAGAUUGACACCAAGGUGGAUAAAGCUAAUUUAGAAAUCAGGAAGACCAAUGUCAGACUAAAACAAACUGUCAACCAGUUUCGAUCAACCAGGAACUUCACAAUUGAUAUCAUCUUGAUCUGCAUCAUUCUUGGCAUUGCAACAUACCUCUACAACAUUCUCUCCCAAUGAAUCUUCACAACAAAUUAGCAUGUGAAUGAUGCGCUCGGUAAAUGUAUAUUUUCAAACAACUGUAUGGUUAUGGUAACAUCAGCACCUCCGGCGGAGAAAUGAUGCGCUCGGUAAAUGUAUUUUCAAGGAAUCCCGAGCAGCUUAUGUUUUCAAGAACCCUUACCAUGUCUCCAGGAUAACUUUUUUUUAAGAACCCUUAGCAUGUCUCUCCUGUUGUAAAGAAAAGGAACCUCACAAUAAUGAGGCCAGACGAUACAGCACUUUUUGUCUAAGGCUGUCUAUAA